AUGGUUUAUAUGCAAUAUAAGCAAGCAUCGAUAACAGAUCCUUAUCAUACAAAUGUUGACGAUCAAUUAUCAAGAUUUAAUGAUCUUGUGACAAAAAUUGAUGAAUUAAAUGAUUUUAUGGUAUGUAAUGAGGAUGCUUAUCGUAAAAAACUUAGAAUAAUUGUCACAUCAUCACAUCCAUCAACAUCAAAGUUGUUACAGGAUUUGUCUUCUUCAGUGUCAAAUUGUUUUGACCCAUUCGGUUCAGCCAGCAGAAAAAUACACGACGAAGACCAAUUUUAUUAUCUAUCGUCGUCUUCUUCGACUUCAACGAUAUCAACGAUAUUACAAGUUGCACAAACAAUUCCAUCAGAAAUUCUGAUAGAGAUAUGUGGUUAUUUGCAUCCUCAAGAUUUAUAUUCUUUAGCAUCCGUUUGCAAAAGAUAUAGAAGUUUAUUAUGGUCAAAAAGUUCAACUACCACACAACAAAUUUGGAGAACUUCUAGACUUAAAUAUGUUGUAAAUCUUUCAUUGGCACCUCCUACAGGAAUGUCAGAACAACAAUAUAUUUGGUUAAUGGUUUUAUUAAAUAAAUGUAUGUUUUGUGAUGAAAGAAAGAAAUUAAAAUUAACGAUGUAUUGGGAAUUUAGAAUGUAUUGUUGUAAAAAAUGUUUAUAUGAAAGGAUUGAUGUAAUAAAAACUUUAAAUUAUUAUAAUCAAUUAAAAGUUUUUGAAAGAAAACAAUGGAUCAAACGACAAGAAACAAAAAUAAUCAAAUUUCAAUUAGAAAAUGAAAAAUAUAAUAAUUUACAUGAUCAAACAAGAUAUGAUCAUACCGAAAAAAUAGAAAGAUUAUUGAUAAAAUUACAUGAAUGA